GACAAGCUGGCCAUGGAGAAAAUCACCAACUUCAGUAAGGCCAAGCUGAAGAAAACCGAGGUGCAUGAGAAGAACACCCUGCCAACCAAAGAGACCAUUGAACAGGAACAGAGGAGUGAAAUUUCCUGGAAGCCUAGGAAGAUUUCCCCACCCAAUCCCCUUGUGAUGCGAAAGAAGGGUCAUCUGCAAGCUGCACCGUGA